GUGCCGUCGACCUGCCAGUUGGUGAAGAGCCCUCUCUACCACGGAGUGUUCAUCCUUCUAUAAGCUUACCCUCGGGAGCUGGGCCAUGCAGAAGUGCAUAGCGAUUGGGCGCGUGCAGCGGCUCAGCGGGGCGGGGUUAAACCUGAUGGAUGUUUCAUAUUCAUACUUAGCGCGAAUGUGCAAUCAGUCCAUCGGGUCACUGCUGCUGUCAGAAGGCACUUUUUUUUUUGCUUUGUUUUUGGCUUCUUCCUCACUUCGGAUCACCCGCCAGGCUCGGAAACUUUUUUAGUCGAUUCAGGCUUCUGAGUGCAGAUGACCUAUGGCUGAGCACAACAGGCCGCCCUCCACCCUCGGGGUGUGCUGAAGAAGGGGGACUCCUCUCGCCAGGUCGGCUGGUGGUGCCAUGAUCAAACACUCCAAGAACAAGAAUGUCUCGUGGGGCUCGGCCGACUCCUACACUAGCCGUCCGUCAGACUCGGAUGUGUCUCUGGAGGAGGACAAGGAGGCGGUGCGCAGAGAGGCAGAGCGGCAGGCCGAGGCUCAGCUUGACAAGGCUAAGAAAAAACCGGUCGCGUUUGCCGUCCGCACAAACGUCAACUACAGCCCGAGUUACGAUGACGACGUCCCCGUGCCCGGUAUGGCCGUCUCCUUCGAUGCCAAAGACUUCCUGCAUGUCAAAGAGAAGUUCAACAACGACUGGUGGAUCGGCCGUCUGGUGAAGGAAGGCUGCGACAUCGGUUUCAUUCCCAGUCCGGUGAAGCUGGAAAACACUCGACUCCUCCAAGAACAGAGGUUGAAGCAGAGCAAGUUUCAUUCCAGUAAAUUGGGAGCAAACUCCUCCUCCAGUUUAGGCGAAGCGGUUCCGAACUCGAGAAAGUCUACUCCUCCUUCGUCUGCCAUUGACAUAGACGCCACAGGCUUAGACCCAGAUGACAAUGAGCUUCCAGUCAACCUGCGCUCCCCUAAAGCCGCUCCCAACACUGUCAUGUCCCCCUUAGCAAAAGAAAAACGAAUGGCCUUUUUUAAGAAGACGGAACACAUUCCUCCAUACGACGUCGUGCCUUCCAUGCGGCCCGUGGUUCUGGUGGGACCGUCACUGAAGGGUUACGAGGUGACCGACAUGAUGCAAAAAGCCCUCUUUGACUUUUUGAAGCACCGAUUUGAGGGAAGGAUAUCCAUCACUCGCGUCACGGCGGACAUCUCCCUCGCCAAACGCUCCGUCCUGAACAAUCCCAGCAAGCACGCCAUCAUCGAGCGCUCCAACACGCGCUCCAACUUGGCUGAAGUCCAGAGCGAGAUCGAGCGCAUUUUCGAGCUGGCUCGCACGCUGCAGCUGGUGAUUCUGGACGCAGACACCAUUAACCACCCGUCACAGCUGGGCAAGACGUCCCUCGCCCCCAUCGUGGUUUACGUCAAGAUCACCUCUCCCAAGGUGCUGCAGAGACUCAUCAAGUCGCGAGGAAAGUCACAGGCCAAACACCUUAAUGUCCAGAUGGUGGCGGCGGACAAGCUGGCCCAGUGCCCGCCCGAGAUGUUCGACAUCAUUCUGGAUGAGAACCAGCUGGAGGACGCCUGCGAGCACAUGGCCGACUACCUGGAGGCCUACUGGAAGAGCACCCACCCGACCAGCUGCGACCCCCCGGACCCCCUGCUGACGAGGCUGCCCGCGGCCGCCCUGCCCUCCUCCAGCAUGCAGGGUGGCGCCGCAGAGCUCAGAGGAGAGAGAGACUUCGCCAGAGAAGACCAGGCCGACGAGGAGGAGGAGGAGGAGGAGGACGACGACGAUGCCGACCAGGAGGAGAGGCCUCUGAGGACAGAGUCAUCCAGGAGAGGGCAGCACAUCCACCACCGGGAGCACAACAAUCACCACCACCACCACCAUCACCACCGCAACAGCAGCCGAGCGAGGGGCCUCGCCCGCCAGGAGACGUUGGACUCCGAGACCCCGGACAGUCGAGAGAGCAAGGACGCCGCUCACGAGGAGCUUCGCGUUCACAUCCUCCAGCAUCAGGAGGGCGAGGAGGACAGGGAUUUCGGGGCGCCUCACCGGGACCACAACAACCACCAUCACCACCACCACCACCACCACCGUGGUGGCGGGCAGGACGAGGGCGGCCACCACCGCUCCAAAGAGCGUGAGCAGGACCACAAUGAACGAAACAAACAGCGCACUCACCACCAUCACCAUCACCACAGGCCCACUAGGGACCACCAUCACUACUACGACCCGGACCAAGAUGGCGGUUUGGCAGCCAAAAAGAGGAGCGACGCAGGAGAAUGAGGACCUGGCUAUUUAUGUAAACCUCGUUUCCUUUUCUAUAUCCAUAUAUAUCUACUGUACGUGGAUCUAUGCAUAGAUGUGGAUAUGCAUGAAUAUUCACUGUAUGCACCUUGUGAGGUGUCCUCUCGCUACGCCCUUUCCCCGAGCCACUCCAUCGGACGCCGAGGUCUUUUGUAGCUUCGAAAACAUUGGGAAUGUUGAUGAGAUCCGUUUGUCUUCAGGGGGUCCCUAAACCAGGCCGCCUCUGCUCAGAUUCAUGUGGCAGCCAGAAACAGAUGGCUGGUGCUGCGUUGUAGACUGCUGGGAAGGAGCCAAAAACCCCACUCUGCGCUUUUAAAAGGGAGGGAAAAAGGGGACAUAUCUAAGCAAUAAUUGGGCCAUUCCGUUAAAUCGGUGCCGUUUGCAAGUUCUAGUCAGGCCCGCCCCCUCCCUGUACGCAGAUCACGCACUGCGUGGUUCAUUUUGCAUGAAGAAGCGCAUGUAAAAUGUCAAUUAAUGAACCUAUUCCUAGCCCCUUCCUGCUCUGUCAUUGAUGAAAAUAUAUUGGGAAAUUUCUAGGGGUGUGGGAAAAAAUCGAUUCGAGUUCAAAUCGCGAUUCUCAUGUUGUGUAUCGAUUCUCAUUUUUCAAAAAUCCCUUUAUUUUAUUUCUUUUUUUUUUUUAUUAAUCAAUCCAACAAAACAAUACACAGCAAUACCACAACAAUGCAAUCCAAUUCCAAAACCAAACCCGGCCCAGCAACACUCAGAACUGCAAUAAACAGAGCAAUUGAGAGGAGACACAAACACGACGAAUAUUAUCAACAACAGUAUCAAUAUUAGUUACAAUUUCAACAUAGCAGUGAUUAAAAAUCCCUCAUUGACAUUAUCAUUAGACAUUUAUAAAAAAAAGAAAAAAAAUGAACAAUAGUGUCACAGUGGCUUACACUUGCAUCGCAUUUCAUAAGCUUGACAACACACUGUGUCCAAUAUUUUCACAAAGAUAAAAUAAGUUAUAUUUUUGGUUUAUUUAAUAGUUGAAACAAAUGUACAUUAUUGCAAUCAGUUGAUAAAACAUUGUCCUUUACAAUUAUAAAAGCUUUUUACAAAAAUCUACUACUCUGCUUGCAUGUCAGCAGACUGGGGUAGAUCCUGCUGAAAUCCUAUGUAUUGAAUGAAUAGAGAAUUGUUUUGAUUCGGAAAAAUAUCGUUUUUGAAUCGCGUUGAAUCGAAAAAAAAAAUCUAUUUAUAAUCGAAUCGUGAUCCCAAGAAUCGAUAUUGAAUCGAAUCGUGGGACACCCAAAGAUUUGCAGCCCUAGAAAUUUCCCUCCACAUUCUCAUUGUAAGGCAGCCAAAUUGAUAUUUUUAUAAUGUUAGAACUAUUAUUUUGCACAAACAAACAAUUUCUUUCCAAUGGAUUUGUUGUAGGUGAAACUAAAUACUAAAUUCAAUUCAAAUUUGAUUAAAAAGUAUUUUAUAAAAUUCUACUUAGGGGCCCGAUUGAUCAAAAUAAAGUCUUUCUUCAACUCCGAACCUGAUAAUACAAAUAAUGUGUAUUUCCCCGCCUCAGUCAACUGGGUUCAUAUGGCGAAGAUGACUCAGUUGAGUAACAGGACUGAAAGUAACAGGAGGGAGGUUGUUUUUUUUACAUAGAAUUAGCAAAUACAUGAAAUAUAACCGCAUGGCAGUGAUUCAAACAAACAAAAAAUAUUUUAGGAAAAAUAACAUCUACCGUAUUUUUCGGAGUAUAAGUCGCACCGGAGUAUAAGUCGCAUCGGCCGAAAAUGCAUAAUAAAGAAGGAAAAAAACAUAUAUAAGUCGCACUGGAGUAUAAGUCGCAUUUUUGGGGGGAAAUGUAUUUGAUAAAAGCCAACACCAAGAAUAGACAUUUGAAAGGCAAUUUAAAAUAAAUAAAGAAUAGUGAACAACAGGCUGAAUAAGUGUACGUUAUAUGAGGCAUAAAUAACCAACUGAGAACGUGCCUGGUAUGUUAACGUAACAUAUUAUGGUAAGAGUCAUUUAAAUAACUAUAACAUAUAGAACAUGCUAUACGUUUACCAAACAAUCUGUCACUCCUAAUCGCUAAAUCCCAUGAAAUCUUAUACGUCUAGUCUCUUACGUGAAUGAGCUAAAUAAUAUUAUUUGAUAUUUUACGCUAAUGUGUUAAUAAUUUCACACAUAAGUCGCUCCUGAGUAUAAGUCGCACCCCCGGCCAAACUAUGAAAAAAACUGCGACUUAUAGUCCGAAAAAUAUGGUAAAUAUCACUGAAUAUGCAGGAAGAAAAAGUGAGUGAAUUUACUUUUGCGACUUUAUGUGGACCACAUGACUUUAUUAGGUAGUGUGUAACGGGACUGAGUAAAAACCCAGAGACACCACUAAAGUGAUAGUUUUUGAAAGAAAAUAAACGGGGGUAAGGAGUAACACAUAUGUAAAAAAAUAACAUUUCUGAAGGAUUUGAAUGAUUAUACAGUGGUACCUCGGAAUAUAAGUUUAAUUGGUUCUGUGACGCAAAUUGCUUCGCGAAAAAAAAAGUAUCGCAAAACAAUGUCGCCCAUCCAUCUUCUUCCGCUUAUCCAGGGUUGGGUUGCGGGGACAGCAGCCCAACCAGAGAAGCCCAGACAACGCUCUACCCGGCUGCUUUGUCCAGAUCCUCCCUGGGGAUCCCAAGGCACUCCAAGGCCAGCUAGGAGAUAUAGUCUCUCCGAUGUGUCCUGGGUCUUCCCCAUGGCCUCCUAUUGGUCGGACUGGGCCAUCAAUACCUCCCCUGGUAGGUGUCAGGGGGGCAUCCAACCAGAUGCCUGAGCCACCUCAUUUGGCUACUCGUUAUGUGGAGGAGCAGCGACUUUACUUCGAGCUCCUCCCGAACUCCAGAGCUUCUCACCCUAAGGGAGAGCCCCAGCAACCGACGUAGGAAACUCAUUUCGGCCGCCUGUACCCGUGAUCUUGUCUUUUCGGUCACAACCCAAAGCUGAUGCAAAAAGGUGUGGUUAGGACCGUAGGUCGGACAGUUAAUUGACUGAAUCUUCACAACGAUGGACUGAUGCAGAGUCCGCAUCACUUGUUCUCAUCCCAGUCGCUUCACAGUCAGCUGCGAACCAACCCAGUAAGAACUGAAGAUCACAGCCAGAUGAAGCCAGCAUGACCACAUCAUCUGCAAAUACCUAAACCUAAAGCCACCAGAGCGGAUUCUCUCAACACCUUGACUGCAUGUUAAAAUUCUGUCAGGCAGCACUCACAGAGUCCAACCCUCGCUAGAAACAGGUGCGACUUACUGCCGGCAAUGCAUCCGAAGCGCUGACACCGAUCGUACAGCGAGCGGAAUGCAACCAUCAGACUGUUUGAUAUUCCUGGAGCACUCUCCAAGGGACACGGUCGAAUGCCUUUUCCAAGUCCAGAAAACACAUUUACACUGAUUUGGCAAACUUCUAGAUAGAUAGUACUUUAUUCUAUGCACCCACAAGGACUCUUCCAAAAAUUUUGAGCUGGUCCACAGUUUCACGACCAGGACAAAAACCACACUGCUUCUCUUGAAUCUGAGAUUCGAAUAUCCAGCGUAGCCACCUGUCCAAUACACCUGAAUAGACACUAAUAGGAAGGCUGAGGAGUGUGAUCCCACGAUAGUUGGAAUACAACCCCCAGUCCCGUUUUUGAUGGGAGGAACCACCAUCCCGGUCUACCAAUCCAGAGGUACCACCCCUGGCAUCUAGAGCUUUAAGGAAAUCUGGGCAGAUCUCGUCGAACCCAGAGCCUUGCCACCGAAGAGAUUCUUAACUACCUCUGCAACCUCAGCCCCAGAGUUAGGAGAGCCCACUACAGAGUCAACAGGCACUGCUUCUUCACAGAAGGCGUAUAAGUGGGAUUGAGGAUGUCUUCCAAGUAUUGCUUCCACCAAUUCACAACAUCCCAAGUCAAAGUCAGCAGCACACAUCCCCUUAUACACAAUGAUGACGGUCAACUGAUUCUCCUUCCUAAAACGGAGGGGGAAGAUCCAGAAAAUACCUCCGGAAGAGGUUCUCCAUGGUUUCACUGAACUCCUACCAUGUCCGAAUUUUUGCUUUGACAUCCGCCAAAGCCACACACCACUUGGACUGUCGAGUACCUGUCAGUUGCCUCCAGAGUACCAUAAGCCAAAAAGACCUUCUUCAGCUUGAUGGCAUCCCUCUCCGCCGCUGUCCCCCAGGUUGUUCUGGGAUAACCGCCACGACAGGCACCAACCACCUUGUGGCCACAGCUCCAAUCGGCUGCCUUGCCAAUAGAGGUACGGAACAUGGCCCACUCAAUGUCUCCCACCUCUCUUGGAACAUGUUUGAAGCUCUUCUAGAGGUGGAAAUUAAAACUCCCUGACGGGAGACCCUCACAUUGGGUUUGGUCCUGGCAGGGAAAUCCUCCCCCAUCCGAAUGUGAUCAGUUGAAAGUUCCAUCCUCACUUCUCCUCAGCGUCCAAGACGUGGGACCGAGUCCAAGUCCGACAAAACGCCCAUAAAGGCAAUCAUUGAACUGCAGCCCACGGUGUCCUGGUACCAGGUGCACAUAUGGACACCAUUACGCAUGAACGUUCUGCUUGUUAUGAACAAUCUUUGACUAGCAUAAAAGUCCAGUUACAAAAAAUCCCUCGGGUUUAGAUCGGGGCAGCCGUUCCUCCUAAUCAUGCCUCUAGAGGCCUCACUGUCAUUUCCAACGUGAGCGUUGAAGUCCCCUAGCAGAACAAGCCAAUCGCUUGAGGGAGCAUUCUCCAGUACUGCCUCUAGGGGAUUCAAAAAGUGUGGGACUCGUUCCUCACCUGAAGGCAGAAGGAGUCAACCCUCUUGUCUUCUGGGUUAAACUUCAACGUACGAGCUAGGAGUCAGGGGGAAACAAGUAUUGCCUGUCCCCGCUCACUGAUUGCAACACCAGAAUGGAAGGAAGUCCAGAACCUCUCGAAAGGAAUGAUUUCAGAGCCCCUGCUUUACGUUGGCAAGCUCAGUCUCCUUCUCCCACUAGAGAAGUGACAUUCCACGCCCCAAGAGCUAGCUUUUGCAGCUGAGGGUCAGACCGCCAAGGUCCCCAUACCUUCGGCUGCUGCCCAGCUCACAAUGCACCCGACCCCAAUAGCCUUUCCCAUUAGUGGUGACCCCAUUGGAGGGGUGGAUUUACGUGGCCUCUUCUGGUUGUGCCCCGUAGGACCUGCUUGUCUUAGGAAACCCCACCAGGGGCACAGAAUCCCUCAACAUUGUAUUUCUUAGGAUCACUGGGACACGCAAACUCCUCAGAGAGCUCAGCGUCGCCUGUUGAAAUGCAUUCAAAUAAAUUAAUCGGUGCUUGACCACCAAAACAGCACCAUUUUACUAUGUAAACCAUUUAAAAUGAAAAUACUUCAAAUUGUAUUAAGAAAUACAAUAGAAUCUAAUACAAAUAACUACAGUCAUUUUAUAAAGUAAAAAGUAGAGUUGACUUCUAUAUUUAUUUCCUGGGCCCUUGCUGUCAAACACCAUCAGCAGCUUCUCCAUAUUUUCAUGGAUAAAUGUUGGUGUUUAGAUAUUAUUUUAACGUUCUUGGCUGGCGUUAUGGAGUCAUUCAGUAUGGUGCAGACUAGCCAGUCAUGUUUUUGAUGACUUCUUUUUUCAAUUUAAUGAAUAUCAUCCUCUUAUUUUCAGCACUGUCCUUCACCCUCACUUUCUUCCUUUUCAUGGUUGGAAUACGAAAUGAUCUCUGGCUAUAAGCUAAUGCUAGUGCUUGAAACUGGAUGUUUUGGUCGGAUUUUACGGGAUUUAGCGUGACAUUCGCUACACUAUAACUACAGUGGGGAGGCUCGUAACUUACCGUAUUUUUCGGAGUAUAAGUCGCUCCGGAGUAUAAGUCGCACCGGCCGAAAAUACAUAAUAAAGAAGGAAAAAACAUAUAUAAGUCGCACUGGAGUAUAAGUCGCAUUUUUUGGGGAAAUUUAUUUGAUAAAACCCAACACCAAGAAUCGACAUUUGAAAGGCAAUUUAAAAUAAAUAAAGAAUAGUGAACAACAGGCUGAAUAAGUGUACGUUAUAUGAGGCAUAAAUAACCAACUGAGAACGUGGCUGGUAUGUUAACGUAACAUAUUAUGGUAAGAGUCAUUCAAAUAACUAUAACAUAUAGAACAUGCUAUACGUUUACCAAACAAUCUGUCACUCCUAAUCGCUAAAUCCCAUGAAAUCUUAUACGUCUAGUCUCUUACGUGAAUGAGCUAAAUAAUAUUAUUUGAUAUUUUACGCUAAUGUGUUAAUAAUUUCACACAUAAGUCGCUCCUGAGUAUAAGUCGCACCCCCGGCCAAACUAUGAAAAAAACUGCAACUUAUAGUCCGAAAAAUACGGUAAAUGUUUCUAAAGCAUGACGAUUAGCCGAGAGACAGACUUGUAAACGACAUAUCCUGAGGUACCUUUGUAUUUUAUUGUGAAGUCUAAUGUUAGCAAGCAGGGACCAGCAACAAAUGCUAUUUUUUUCAUUAUUCAAUGUAAAUGAAAUCAAGAUCCCGAUUUAACCAAUAUUUUAAAUGAUGUUGAUUACGAAAUUAGAUGAAUACAACUAUUUGUUUUACAGUUAAUUCAAUUGUGCAUAUAUGACUUUUUUUUUUUUAGGGAAUGUCGCCGAUUAUUUGGCAUUCCUCCCCUAUUUCUGUCAUUCACGUAUGCCUAAUGUGCUCCUAAAAACUUCCAAUGCACUUUUCGUGUAUAGCUACGUUCACAUUGCAGGUCAAUUGCGAUUUUUUUUUUUUUUUGCUCAUUUGUGAAAUGUAUGUGACUUUUUUUUUUCAUGUCAACGUGAACAGUAAAACAUUUAUUUUUAAUUCGACGCGGGUCGGGUCGCGGUCAUCAAAAAGCGACAAUGUCAUUACUCUUCUCCAAAAUAGACUGUCGCAAAAAGAAGCCCAUGCGCGACAAACAGCGAGAGACAAAACAAAUCAUCUUCUAUCUUAAUCUUUUACAACAAAUAAUUUGGUUAAAAAGAUGUUGGAUACAAUUCCUACGAGACUUGGAGCCUUACUUCUGUGUGACGUCACGAUGUCACGUGCUCAUUCUGUUUACUUCAGGGACCGUUAGAAAUCACUUUUUUUUUUGUGUAAAGUGAAUAUUGGAUUCAACACAAAACUAGAUAUUGUAGCCAGCAGUGUGAACGGAGCCUUGAGUCUUCCCAGUCGUCUAAAAAGCAGCGUUAGCACGAAGGAUGAAAAUAAAUGUCGUUAAAAUACAUAUUUGGUCAACAUCUUUAAUGGCUAAUUAUGCAGUAAAAUACGUAGGUUUAUUUUGGAUUCAUGUAACUUUCUGUUCUAUCUUGUGUUCUUAUACUGUUUUUCUAGUCUAAUUCUUGUCAACUGAAUGCAAAAUGAUGGCUUCCGCUCGAGUCGUCUUGUUUACAACCCCUCACUUUAUCAUUUGCUCCUCUUGGACAAUUGUAAAAAAAAGAGCAAACCCCAACAUUUAUUUGUAUGCUACAUUGGUGAGGCUGCAGCUUUUUCAACGGUGCACAAUAAAACAAUGUGUGCUCUUUUGAGUACACCCAGGCUGUGGCAUCUAUAAAUAGUUUUUUUUUUGUCAAGCGGAACGCUGCUGAAAAAUUAAAAGGGAGGCCUCCCCGGUCGUCAUGGCGACGUUGAAAAAAAAGAGAAAAAGUCGGUUAGUUUGCCUUUCAUGGCGAGUCUGAGGGUCUUCUGCAGUUUGCCAGACAAACAUCCAUAAAUAAUUCCUUUUUUCUCUACCUCUCGUGACCUCUUUCUGCACACGACACUUCCUGGUUCCGCACUUCCACGAGCCGCCGUCGCCAUGGCGGCUGUGUCGUCACUGUUGCCAUGGCGACUGCCGCAGCUUCUCCUUACAUGGCCUGCAGACGGCUUUGUUUACUUGAGCGCUGAGACUGCGACGGUUUCCAUGGCAACGCUUCCAAACGCUGCAGCUCCACUGGAACCUUAUUGGUUACAGAAGAGAUUUCUAAUGAAGUCAUAACAAAGUCAUGUCGCCAUCUAGUGGCGAUUAGUCAUCUUUGCAUGUCACAUCUUCUGAAGAGUCACUUUUCUGGAAUUUAGCAAUAAAAAAGCCAAUGGUGUCGCUGUUGGCCCUGCAAGUGAGGGGCGCACCGUCGUCUGCCUGCUGCCAGUUUAGCUCGGGCCGGAACCUCUGGAGCAGGCGGAGCUGUUCCGGUGCCAGACCCGCCCCCGCCAUUCCCUCGGCGCCGACGUGAGGCUCCUGCGGGCGGGAAAGCUCUGUUAUGGUUUCGUUUUGGGGCGUAGGCGAAAGAAGUGGGGGUCCUUACCUGAGGCUGCAGCCUGAGGCAAGGGAAGGUGCGCAGGGCCCACGCCACCUGCUCCUCGUUUUCCGCCAGCGUCACCGUGCACGUGCUGUACACCAGAACUCCGCCCCUUUUUAGCAGCUGCACCGCCUGCAAGAAAUACAAAAUAGUAUAAAAUUGGUCAAAAUUCAAUAAAAUGUUAACAGGCAAGGUGUGUUAUAUAACAAAAAUAGUAUUUAUAUCAAAUUUAUACUGUAAAAUAUUAUAUAUAAAAUAUUAUACAUCUAAAAAAAAUCAUAAAAUAGUAUAAACUAAAUACACAUAAAAUAUAUUACAGUAUACUAAAUUGUAUCCUAUCCAAAAUA